AUGCUGCCCACCUUUGCGAGGAACACAGCGAGUCAGUCCGGCCAGAAAACCCUAGGCUUCCUGCUCCGCCGACGUCUUCGGCACGCUGGGCUCGACCCUAAGAAGAGUUGGCAGGCCCGGAACCUAGGAGAGAAGAUUGGCUGUAUCAAAUUCGAGUCCCUGAGGCCAUGCGCUGAUCAGGUCACCAGCGCCUCGGGGUUUGAGCUUCUCUGCAGUUACAGCUGGAGGGUCGACACCAAGCAGCCGCCCAAGCAGCCGCCAAAGCAGCCGCCCAGGCCGCUGCCCCAGACAAACUCCAAGCGUCGCUCUUUGUGCCCAUAUAUUUACGUUCCGGGAGAAGCACCUUUGGUUGCCCCGCUAAAACUCCCGCUCAUCGUUGGCAAGAGGAGCAGGGUGAAGCACUAUCGGGACGCAAACAUAGCGCGUAUGCCAUCAUGUCCAUUUGAACCAAUGUUUCAGAGUAUGUCUGUUCUGAACCCAGACUUCAGGUUUGACAACGUCGAUUUGAUCGUCAACCGUAACUCGCUCCGACAUCUCCUUCGCUUCACCGGGGGCAGUGUCAAGCAAAACUUUCGGUUAGACCUGGCAAUGGUUCACAGCACCCUCGUUAUCACGCCUGUCUGGGAGAGCGUGUUCGAAAAGGCGUCGGGAAAAACAAACCACGGCCGUGAUUUCGAGGACCUCUUCGUUAAUCGCUCACUGCGGGACAGCGGCAGCUAUCACCGGGCAAUCCGAUACCAUCUAGGCCCUCUAAACUGCGCAGUUCUUUCAGAACUCGACGCCGCCCUAGAAGACUCCGGGGAAGCACUAGCAUCUCACGACAAGCGAUGGAAGUUCCACCCCAACCCUGCUUCUGUGGGCACCAGUGAGCUCUCAGGCGCAUACCGGCCAAACGACCGGGCAGAGGAGGUCUUGUUCGGGCUUCGAGGCCUGACAGUCCCCAAGAAACCCAGGUUUUGGCACCAGCCCCGUUCCGAGGUGAUUAUCAGGGGCAACGGAACCCUCAGCAAAGACGCGGCGGAGCUCUACGCGGGCGCUGGAACAGGGUACAAGAAGAUGCCCCAGCUGUGGCUGGGUAGGAUCCCUUACUUGGUCCGCGGAACAUACACUGGUCGCUCUUUUACGAGGGUUGAUGUGUUUCGCUUCGCGACGUCUUUUGCAGCCUACGAGAACGAGAUACAGGAUCGUCUUCAGAAGCUGGUUUCGCUGCUUGGGACUCUCAGAAACUUCGCCAUGGACGCCGCCGGACAGAGAUGCAUCGUAAUAUGCGACAAGGCAGUCCACCCACGUGAGCUGGGGGUUUUCAACCACCACAACAUUCCUCCACUCCCACUUCCCGCUGACAUACGGAGACAUUUCUGGACGAACCAAGAAACACGGAAACAGGAUGCAGUGUGA